AUGAUUGUAGGAACCACAGUCUCCAGCACAUCUCUCCUGAGAAUUCUGCAGGGUGUGGCCGUAGCGACGAAAUCACCUGAAGACAUCCCGUAUCGAAUUAUACAAAGUGUCUGUCCAAGCGCCGCUAAUAGCCAUGAAAAUGAUAUUGCUCUUUCUUUCAGCGGCUGGCGUACCGCUAUCGAAACGAAAAUCUCCGACGAAGAUACUCGACAGGUUGCUAACAUAGGGCUCGCUAUUACAUAUCUCCGUGAGCUUUAUACAAGAAAAGGAGGUGAUGCACACGAAGCCGUAGGCGAGGCUGACCUUAUUCUCAUCUGGGAACUGAUUCGCAACGCUCUCACUAGCAAGCUGCUCACAAGGCAAUUUUGCACUGCCUCUCGAAGCGCCCAAGGAUUUACCGCGGUGGCCCUCUGCAGCUUAAUCAAGAACGGGAAUAUAGACGAGCUAUUCCGGCUUCAUGUCUGGUUACCGGACGGGCACAGGGGAAAUGCUGACGUUGCCAUCCAUUCACAUCAAGCGUUUGCCCAGAGUUGGAUCUUGGCUGGCGAAGGGACGGACCACUCGUACAAAGUUGAGCACGUUGAAGAUCCAGAAGCUGCCACUCACUCCGAAUAUGCCCUAGCAUGGAGUGACGGUAAGAGUUCGGGAAUCAACUAUAAACCAAAUGCGGCAUCCUCAACUAUUACCAAUACUAAGAAAUUAGCUCGUGCUGUUCCUCUAGGGACAAAUAUCCAUCGCCGAGGAAUAAGCUACACGAUUCCCGCAGCCCAGUACCACUGGACUGAAGUCGCGCCCGAUCGGUUCCAUGCUACCCUUUUUGUCUUCGACUCGCGACGAGGAUUUGUCCGAGAUGCUGGUGUUCUCGGUCCCAAGGACGGGGAUGCUUUCACGCAGCUUCGUGAUCCUGCCGGAGUGACACCAGAGGCCUUGGCGUUAACCGUCGAUGCCGUGAGGUCUUGGGAAAUAUUUAUGCAUCAGGGGCAAAAGCACAUUCACAAUGCUGAAUGGGAACAUGCGCUGCGAGCUUUCAGCAAUGCCCUCAGCCUGUGUGAUAACGGCAACAACUUCCCCAACAAGGCUUAUCACACGCGUGAGGUUCUAUACAAAAUUGGGCGUGUCGACCGAUGUCUCGGUAGAUACGAAAUUGCUAGGGACACUCUAGAAAAGGUUAUAACUGAUAUUGAUAUAGACGUGAAUGUGCUACGUGUAGAUUGCGUUGGCGAGCUAGGAGUUGUCUAUCGAAAUCUAAACAAUCUCACAGAUGCGAUGCGCAUGUUCGAGAUGCAGUACCAUACAGCGAGGCAACUAGGUCUCGAAGCUGAAGCCUGUCGUGCCGUUGGAAACCUUGGGAUGGUGAACUAUCAGAUAUCUCAGCGGGAUCACGACGACAGAACCCUUGACUUGGCAAUUGUGCAACUUCAAGAGCGCGUACAGCUCGCUCGAAAUAUCCAACAGUCAUUACUAGCAAAAGGCAAGUCUAAAGAAUCCAGCGCCAUGAAAAAUGGUAAAAAUUGGGAGAUCAUCGGGUUAUCCCGUCUCUCGCUUUGUCUCUCAGCUCGGAAUAAGCUGGAGGAGGCAGUGAAAACAGCUCAGCAAGCACUGGCCCUCGUAACGGGAUUUGGCGAUCCAACAGUGGUUGCUCUAACUCGCUUCUUCUACGGACAUGCGCUGCGGCUUAGCGGACGUCUCGAAGAGGCUAUGGAACAAUUCAAUACGUACACCGGGUGUACACCCGCCAUCGCGCUCUGCAAGGAACCUUCGGAAGAACAUUUAGGGUACUUGAAAGAACUGGUAGAUGCCGGUGUGGACUUGGAAAUCAUAGACGAGCAUGGAUACACGGCACUGGAUUAUGCCGUAUUCUGUGGAAAUAACGAGUUUAAAGAGGUCGUAAUCAAAGGCCUACAGCGAAGAGCCAGCGAAUACGAAAUCGAAGCUUGGCUCAUGGGAGCGAGGCUUCGUAAAAGUUAUCGCAAGCUAUUCCAAGAAGUACUCCGACCUAUUCUUAUAACGCGCCGCUACGACGACUGCUGCAUGCAGAAGCUGCGCAGCGCAUACGCCCAGUCUCUCCGCGCUGACGAGGAGGCUAAAGCUAUGUUCUCGGGGUUUUCCUUUUUGCCCUACUCUGCGUUCCGCUCCCUCGGUAGACUCCCGAAGCAUGCCGAUGGGCUAGUCAAAGAGUUUACGGAUGAGUCUGGAUCGAAGGAGUAUAAGAAUUCCGACUUUGUUAUUUUCUUUUCGUAUAGGUGGAGAGGGGCUUCGUCGCCGGACGAUGAAGUCAAUACGCAGUAUAAGCGGAUGCUGGCUGCUACUGAGGAGUUUUUGAAACUGCAUCCGUCUAUUGAUAGGGCGAGGAUGGGAAUUUGGCUGGACUGUGCUUGUAUAAACCAGAGCAACCCCAUGCCAGGCGUCCAUGCCUUGCCCAUGAUUCUCACCCAGUGCGAUGCCGUAAUCAGCAUAGCAGACGACACCUACUACGAAAGGGCGUGGUGCUCGGUGGAGGUACUUCUAAUUCAGACGUUGAGGAAAUCAUAUGGGCUGCAUUUGUGGUGCGAGCAGGUGCACGCGGAUUCGGAAGAGAAAACAUUGACUUUGAGAGACGGACCCAUUGGGUUGGAAAUUUCGGUUGCGUUGAAAAAAUUGAGUUUUGAAGAGAUAGAUAGACCCAAGGUGAUGUUCUUGGAGAGACAGAGCAAAUUGCUUGGAUGA